AGCUGAAAAUUAUUAGUAUCUACUAAUAUUCUUCAAUAUGUCUCAUCUUAGAUACUUUUCGAGUGUACCGAUCCACAUUGUAGAAAAUCAUGAUGAGGUUUUACCAUUCAUUUAUCGGUGCAUAGGAUCUAGACACCUUCCGUUUAAUGGAAAUAUUUUUAUCCACCUUGAUUCUCAUCCAGACAUGCUUAUAUCAAAGUAUAUGCCAGCUGAAAAUGUGUGGGACAAGGAAAAGCUAUUUGCGGAUAUUAGUAUCGAAAACUGGAUUAUGCCAGCAGUGUAUGCUGGUCACUUCAGAUAUUUGAUCUGGGUAAAACCACCAUGGGCAAAGCAGUUACCUGAUGGAGUAUUGGAAUUUUUCAUCGGUAAACAUAAAAACACUGGUACUAUAAGGUAAGUCAAGUGUAUUGGUUGCAGUUUUGGAUGUAACUCAAAAAAUAAGAUUUGGAUAAUUAAAGACAACAGCGACGAUGAACAACUUCCUUUCACGUCUUUAUUUCCGGUUUGAAUUUAGAUAAUAAUUAAUUAACGAGUUAAAAUAUUGUGGUAACGAUCAUAGGGAUGUAGAUAAGUAAACCUAUUUCGAGGAGCAAAGUUUGUUAAAAAAGAAAAGAUAAAAAAAGAAGUAAAUAAAAUUCAUCGUCAGAGAUCACGGGGGUCGGAUCGGGAUAAUUGUUGUCGCAAAGAUCCGAAUCUCUCGGUAUCUUUUAUUCGACGAAUCACGAUAGUCCCCUCUUUUGAGAACUCGUACAACGCAAUUAUCUUUAACACACGACUUCCGGACUGAUCGUCCUUAAUUUUCUGCGUGAACUUACGAGUCCAAUUAGAGAUAGAUUAAAAAAUCGGUUAACAUUAUUAUUCUCAGUGCUUCUAUUUCUUCUUGUUUCGAAUUUGUUCAGAACGACGAGAAGAACGACGAGAAGAACGACGAAAAGAACGACGAGAAGAACGACGAGGAGAACGAUGAGAAUUAACUUUAUAAAAGACUAUAGAGACUAUUUUAAGUAUAGCUAACGGAGAAAGUAAUUAGGCGCUAUAUGAUCUUCUCUCAUCGAUCGUCCUUUCGUAUUCAGAGGACCGGUUUGUACUGUUGCAUCGUUCAUUUCAAUUGAUUUUCGUUCGCAGAUACAUCAUUCUACCUUCGCGACAGGAAAUAGCGUUCUUAUAACAAAUGAGAGCCAGCGGAGUCGCCAGUAGAUAUAAAUCAUUUUUCUUCGUUUGUUAAAUUAAAAUGUAAAUCGAUACCCAUUGCAGUUUCUUGAGUACGUGCGUUCGUAUCGGUGUCAAACAAUACACCUCUCGUCUUUCUCACUGCAUAUUAACUAAUGGACGUUGAACGUAAAAAUGAAUUGAAGAAAUAUUUUCUUUCGAUCGAUUUUGAUCACUCGAUUUUGACCUUCUUUUUGUCCAACAUUAAUCACAUCUUUGAGUUAUUACAGCCAAAUCUUUUCAAUCACUCUUGCAUUAAUUUAACGUCGCACGAGAACAAAUCGUUGAGACUGUUUAUUCCUCGAUGAUCGAAUAGCGAUCACUUUGAAGGACAAUUUCUGACAAAUGAGAAUGCGACUAGUUAGCAAUUAUCCUUCUACAAUCGGUAAUGAAACGUCGCUCGUUAUUUAAUGUUAAGAUUGCCGGGAUAAGCAAUUAAAAAAAUUAGAGACAUUUUUUGUUUUAAUUUCUUGAUCUAUCUAUGACACACUGUUUAUAUAAACAAGUUGAUAGGCAGUAUAUUAGAUCGUAAGUAAUAUUCAUAUUUCGUCGUAGGAGUUUUGCUUUUAUCGAAGUAGUAAUGGGUUGUUUUGUUCACGAUAAAUCAUUUGCAUCCUCAUUCGAUUUGCAAUCAAUUAGCAUUUUAUCUCAUAUAAUUUCAAAUAUCUUCUCAUUCAAGUAUUCCUUUUUUUAUAGUGUGUGCAUUUUUUUUCUUUUCAGCGGUAUUGAUAUGUCUAUUUGUGCUGUCAGAGCAAAGAAGACAAAGGGUUUAAUGUUGCAUGCAUUUUUACUUUU